GCCGCCGCCGCGCCUCAGCCCGAUCUACGACGCCCGCGAGUCCGCAACCCCUCUUUCGCCAUGGAUCCCGCUGCUGGCUAGCCACUCUCCUCUCACCGGUCGUCCUGCGCCGCCCCGCGCCGCCUCCGCUCGUCCAGCCACCUGACGCCGACGCGCCACUCCGGCAGCCGGCCCUCUACUCCUCCCCACUCCCCAGGCUCCGCCGCCCGUUCACCCAACGCCGACGCCCCACUCCAGCAGCUCGCCGACCAGCCCCGCAAGCUCCCCACGGAUGGGCUGGUGCUCCCCGUCCACUCCCCGGCAGCUGCUAUCCACUGUCGCACUCUUUGCCUUCGGCGCGGGGCUCCUCACCUACGGCGCACACCUCUCCUACGUCCACAUCGAGCCCCAGCGCGAGCGCACGCUCGCCCGCGAUCAGUGUCGGGCUUGUGAUUGCGGAGAUGGAGAUGAACACCCGCGCCGACCAGGAUGCCACUAUCGUGUGGGCCACUGUUGUGCAGGCCUGCAGCAUGUUCUACGACACCCCUGCAAUGCUCGACAUUGGUGAAAUUGUUCGUGCAAAGUUUGAUUUCGACGCUGUGGGACACUUAUGUUUGCAGACACUGGUGAAAUUGUUGGUGAAAUUGUUCGUGCAAGCGCUGUGGGACACUACACACAGGGCUGAGGUGCUGAGCUUGACCGCGAAUACCGAUCUGAGACACGCUGCGUCUUUCGCUUCUACUGACGGACAAGAUCCAAGGCACAAGAGUGACAAUGUUUCGAGGACCUGAUUGAUGACCAGCAACCUUUCCGUAUCUGUGUGUAACAAAGUCCAUGUUGGCAUUACAUCAAUAGUUGUGCUUUUGUAUUUCUUGUAAGGGCAUCUACAAUACAUACAUACUACAUUCAUUUACCCCAAUGACUGUUGAUUUUGAAAACCAUUCUAGGGUUGGAAUAUUUUGCCUUUUUUAUUUGAAUUUAUAAGAUC